AUGUUUACCGGUUCAACUCUUCACUCUCUCCUCUUCCUUUUUCAGGCACUGUGGGAGAGCCGAUUUUACUACCUGUUCGGGUUCUUGUUCGCUGUGUUCAUCAUCCUCAUCAUCUGCUGCGCGCAAGUUGCCAUGGUGAUGACCUACUUUCAGUUAUGCAACGAAGACUAUCGCUGGUGGUGGCGUACAUUCAUUGCUUCGGGUGGGCCGGCACUGUAUCUGUUCAUUUACUCUGUAUUCUACUACUGGACGAAGUUGGACAUCACACAAUUCAUACCAACGGUUGUCUACUUUGGCUACACCACCCUGAUGGUUCUGACAUUUUGGAUUCUCACCGGAACGAUUGGGUUCACGGCCACAUUCGCUUUCUUACGGUACAUCUACUCUGCGAUCAAAAUCGAUUAA